CCGGACGGAGCCAAACGCAAGACGGACCGCACGCGCGUGCCUCGUAGAACUUCCGGCGUCUCACCACCGCCUCUGCCCCGUCUGUGACUGCCGCCACGACUACCGCCAUGGAGCACGACGAUCCAGCCGAAGCACUGACAGAGCUGCGCGAACGACGCGUGGGCGCACUGGAGCUGCUGCAGGUGGCGGCUGGGUCCGGGCUAGCCGCCUACGCCGUGUGGGCGCUACUGCUCCAGCCCGGCUUCCGUCGGGUGCCUCUGUGGCUGCAGGUGCCCUACGUAGGCGCGAGCACGCGGCAAGUUGAGCAUGUGAUGUCGCUGCUGCGAGGCCGCCCCGGAAAAACGGUGGAUCUGGGCUCUGGCGACGGCAGAAUCGUGCUGGCGGCCCACAGAUGCGGGCUCCGUCCGGCUGUGGGGUACGAACUGAACCCGUGGCUUGUGGGCCUGGCGCGGCUGCAUGCCUGGAGAGCUGGUUGCCAGCGCAGCGUCUGCUAUUUCCGGGAGGAUCUUUGGAAGGUCAGCCUGAGGGACUGCUACAACGUGUCUGUGUUCCUGGCUCCCAGUGUGCUCCCGCUCCUGGAGGAUAAACUGCAGGCAGAACUGCCCACAGGGGCCCGUGUGGUGUCUGGGCGUUUCCCUCUCCCCACCUGGAAGCCUGUAGCUGUGGUGGGUGAAGGCCUGGACCGAGUCUGGGCUUACGACAUCCAUGGUGAUGGACCACCUCUGACUUCUUGGGAGGUGCCCGUCAAAGCCACCCCAGGACCCAGUUCUACCUCAGUCCUCAAGGCCCCCCAUUUCCCAGGUUAGCUGACUGGACACAAUAAAGACUCCAUGGGUCUCA